AUGAUUCAAAAUUCUGGUUCAGAGGAGGAUGCACAUGCUCUGAUGGAUGAGAGGAAGAGGAAGAGAAUGAUAUCAAACUUUGAAUCAGCAAGGCGGUCUCGAAUAAGAAAAAAGAAAUAUAUGAAUGAUCUGCUUAGUUUAAUGGAUAAUCUCAAGCAUGAGAAUCAGCAGAUUUUCGAAUCGAUCCAAUCCACUACCCAAAAUUACUUGAAUAUUGAAGCUGAGAACUCAGUCCUGAAAGCUCAAAUCAGUGACUUGAGUUUUAGGAUUUCGGACAUAAGAAUGUUUGAAGUGUUUUUGAGUUUCAGAGGGGAAGACACACGUGCUUCUUUUGUUUCACAUCUCUAUGCCAAUCUUCAAAAUGCUGGAAUUGUUGUGUUCAAGGAUGAUGAGUCACUUCGAAGGGGAGAUCACAUAGAUUCUCUGUUGGAAGCAAUUCGACAGUCUCAAAUUUCUGUUGUUGUUUUCUCAAGAAAUUAUGCAGAGUCACAAUGGUGUCUAAAAGAGUUGGAGAAAAUAAUUGAGUGUCACAGAACCAUAGGGCAGAUGGUAGUACCAGUGUUUUAUGACGUUGAUCCUUCUGAAGUACGUCAUCAAACAGGCGAGUUUGGAAAAUCAUUUCAAAGCCUUUUGAACAGAGUUUCAAUAGAGGAAGGUGAGAAGGAGCUUAGGGAGCGUGGUAAGGUGCAGUGUUGGAGGGAGGCACUUCGUGAAGCUGCUAGCAUCUCAGGAAUUGUAGUCCUAAAUUCCAGGAAUGAGAGUGAGGCUAUCAAAAGCGUUGUUGAAAAUGUUAUACGUUUGUUAGACAAGACAGAGUUGUUCGUUGUUGAUAAUCCAGUGGGAGUAGAAUCUCGAGUGCUAGACACGAUUCAGCUGCUAGAUCUCGAAAAAUCAAAUGAUGUUCUACUGCUAGGAAUGUGGGGAAUGGGAGGCAUUGUCGUGCAUGCUUGCUUCUUUAUUGGAAUGGACCGAAAUGAUGUCAUACAUAUAUUAAAUGGUUCUGGACUUUGUGCAGAAAAUGGAAUACGUGUCCUAGUCGAGCGAAGCCUUGUAACUGUAGAUCAUAAAAACAAGCUUGGAAUGCAUGAUUUGUUACGAGACAUGGGAAGAGAAAUCAUUCGUGGAAAAUCACCGAAGGAGCCUGAAGAACGUAGCAGAUUAUGGUUUCAUGAGGAUGUGCUUGAUGUACUAUCACAACAAUCUGGAACAAAAGCUAUCGAGGGAUUGGCUUUGAAUUUACCAAGAACUGAUGGACAAUGUUUGAAUACUAAAGCUUUUAAGAAUAUGAAAAAGCUCAGGUUACUACAACUUGCUGGUGUAGAUCUUAUUGGAGAUUAUAAAUAUCUUUCCAAAAAUCUGAGAUGGCUUUGUUGGCAUGAAUUUCCUUUAACAGCCCUUCCUGCAAACUUCUAUCAAGGAAGCCUAGUUUCCCUUGAGUUAGAAAACAGUUAUGUUAAACGUGUUUGCAAAAAAGCCCAGGUGAUGGAGAACCUGAAAAUUCUGAAUCUAAGUCAUUCUCAUUAUUUAACACAUACUCCAGACUUUUCAAAUUUGCCUAAUCUUGAAAAGCUGGUACUCAUAGAUUGUCCAAGUCUGUCCGAGGUUUCAUAUACCAUUGGACAUCUCACCAAAGUUCUACUGAUAAACUUUCAAGAUUGUGUUAGCCUUUGUAACCUUCCACGAAGUAUCUAUAAGUUGAAAUCUCUUAAAACACUCAUUCUUUCUGGUUGUUUAAAGAUUGAUAAGUUGGAAGAGGACUUGGAACAGAUGGAGUCUUUGACAACCCUUGUUGCUGAUAAGACUGCAGUAACAACAAUUCCCUUCUCCAUUGUAAGAUCAAAAAGCAUUGGAUAUGUUUCUCUGUGUGGCUAUGAAGGGUUCUUACGGGAUAUGGUUCCCUCUAUCAUUUGGUCUUGGAUGUCGCCAACCAAUAAUAGUCUUUCAUCCCUUGUUCAAAAAUUUGGGGGCCUUUCGUCUCUUGUUUCUUUAGAUGUGCCAAAUAGCAGUUCCCACCAUCUAGCAUCUCUUUCCAAGGACCUUCCAAAACUUGAAAGUCUUUGGGUAGAGUGUGGUUCAGAACUUCAAUUAUCUCAACAUACCAAAAUUAUUUUAGAUGCUUUAUAUGUAACAAAUUUAAGGGAAUCAGAAUCACCUGCAACCACAUCACAAAUGCCAAAUAUCAACGCUUUGGCAUUAAUUGAAUGCAGCAGUCAAGUUCAUGUAUCAGGAUCAAAUCUGUUAAUUCAAAUGGGAAUGAGUUCUGAGGUCUCCUCCAAUCUAAAAGAAAGUAUUUUACAGAAUAAUCAAGAUUGUUUGCUCCCCCAUGAUUGUUAUCCAGAUUGGUUAGCCUUUAACAGCAAAGGCUCUUCUGUGAGUUUUGAAAUCCCUCAAGUGAAUGGAUAUAACUUGAAGACAAUAAUGUGUCAUGUCCAUUAUUCUUCUCCUGACAGUAUAACAUCAGAUGGCCUUAAAAACUUGUUGGUGAUAAAUCACACAAAGGCCACUAUUCAGCUUUAUAAAAGAAAUGCAUUAGCCUUGCUUGAAGAUGAGGACUGGCAGAGGGUAGUAUCAAAUAUAGAGCCUGGUAACAAAGUGGAGGUUGUUGUUGUUUUUGGAAACAGAUUAACUGUGAACAAGACCACAAUUUAUCUCAUUUAUAAGCCAAUGGGUGAAAAAAGUGGAGCACUGUCUUGCACCAAGCAAUAA